AGCAUCAUUCACCAGCAUGAAGCUUUCUUCAAAACUUUAUAAAUAUAAACAUCAUAUGAGAUUUCAAAUACCAUUUUCAAUUGACUUUCUCUUCCUGUUGGAUCGAAACCAAUCCGAUCGAAAAGUUUGGAUCUUUUCAUAAACUUUCAUCUCAAACAAAUGGGAAUUCGGUUGCUAUCUUUGGUUCCUCAUCCCAAGAAAAUCCUGAAGAUUCAGUCAGGAUUUGCCAAAAACCAUUUGGAUGUUCCAAAAGGGCAUGUAGCAGUUUAUGUGGGACUGAUUCAAAGGAAACGGUUCGUGGUUCCGAUAUCUUACUUAAACCAUCCGUCAUUUCAGCAACUGCUCAGCCACGCAGAAGAAGAGUUUGGCUUCCAUCAUCCUCAAGGGGGCCUAACAAUUCCUUGCAAAGAAGAUGCCUUUACUGAACUCACUUCUAGAUUGCAAGUAUCUUGAAGGGUGAAGAACAAAGGGCAAUCUGUCAUUUUUUUUACCAUUUUUUUCCCCAAAAUUUUUCUAUUCACUUGCCUUUUGACUUGCUAGAGAAUAUACUCCAUUGUUAGCCUGUUAAUGAGUGGCAUUGUAAAGAAGCGUUUACCAAGAAAACUAGAUGUGUAUACAUAUAUACAAUAACAAUUCAGAAUCAA